AUGAGUUACCCUGAGGUCCCACGGGUAAGAAAAAAUUACUUGUCUUUUUUAGGGUUGAGGAAGAACUGGCUGCUUAGGUACAUAUUUUCUAGGCAGGGGUGGGAAAACUCAGGCCUGGGGCCAAAAUCAGCCCUCUAAUCCUCUCUGACUGGCCUUCAGGACUCUAUGUGCCAAUCUCCACCCAAACCCCCUAUUCCCAGGACUCAGGACUCACCCCUCACCAGCCCUGCCUUGAGUGUUUUUGCCUCACCAUAAAGUUGUCCUUGGAUUCAGAUAAUGUCUCUUAUCCUUUGUACAGUAGACUACAUUCCAGUCACACAAAAAUUAGAAGUUCCUCCUACACACGCACCCCUUCCUAUCUUCCAGGGCCAGUGAGAAGCGUGGCCCAGAAAGGAAGAGAGACUUAGGGAAAGUUCAAAGGGCCAGACAGAAAGGCUCUGAAAACCACAUGCUUUAAAGUUAGAGGCACAUCUUCUACAGCAGGGAUUCUCAAACCAUUUUCCUCUGGGCCACACUUUCAGAAUAAAAAUUUGCUCACACCACAUUUUUAAAGUGAUAAGAUACAUUGGAAAACAAAAAGAAACAGCUAGCAGUGCUUUUAAAGAUCCAUAUCCUGCAAAUAAAAAUAAAAAUAUUCUGAUCCUAUCCUAUCCUAUAGGAUAUGUUUAAACAUUUCUUUGAUUGCCUCUGAAUCUUCCUGCCGCACUUGCCACCUUCUCCUGCCACACCAGUGUGGUGCACAACACUCUUUGAGAACCACUGUUCUAGACAGUAUUGUUACAAAAGCCCGGCGCCUGCCUCCUCUCUCUGCCAAGCAGUGGCCAAAGCGCAUGGGGUCACAGGCACACAUACAGGGUCUGUGUCCCUUCAGAGAACAGAAGGCACAGUGGAGGCUGCCGUGCUUUAAGAAAUAGGGUUUAUUUGUCUAUUAAUACCUUCCAUCUGCAUGGAGGACGUCCAGAUCUUACAGCAUGGCCCAGAGCAUGGGCAGGCAAACUAGGGGCCGGAUCCAGCCCAAUCACCUUCUAAAUCUGGCCCACAGACGGUCUGGGAAUCAGCGUCUUUUUACAUGAGUAGAAUGUGUCCUUUUAUUUAAAAUGCAUCUCUGGGUUAUUUGUGGGGCAUAGGAAUUCGUUCAUUCCCCCCCCCCCCAAGAAAAAUAUAUAGUCCGGCCCCCCACAAGGUCUGAGGGACAGUGGACCGGCCCCCUGCUGAAAAAGUUUGCUGGCCCCUGGCCCAGAGCAUUGCAGGCAGUCCUUCCUUCACCCUCACCAAGAUGGACCUCCCCUUUCGUCCUCUUUCUUUUUCCCAGAAGCCACUUGCCCUCCCCCAAAACAGUUACCCUGGCAACCUUCCAACUCUCCAGUCUCUUGUCACACCUGGGACAAGGAGUUGUUGACCCUCAAUUGCUCUCUGUUGUAAUGCUAACAGCUCUGCUCUUCCCUCAGCCAGCCAGACUGGUUUGCAUAAGGCUGUCCAGGAAUCCCCCUGCAGUUUCUUAUUCUCCCUUCAUAUCACAAAGAACCCCAAAUCCUAGCAUUUAUUAAUUUCUAGGGUUUAGAGGAGUCCCCCCUAUUUCUAUAACAGUAUAAUUCUAUAGAGCCCUAUUGUGGAGGAGGUGAGCAGGGAUGGGGAGGAAGGUGUUUUUGCCCUCACACUUGAACUGUUGGGAGAAGAAAGGUACAGUGGUACCUCUGGUUAAGAACGUAAUUCGUUCUGGAGGUCCAUUCUUAACCUGAAACUGUUCUUAACCUGAGGUACCACUUCAGCUAAUGGGGCCUCCCACUGCUGCUGCACGAUUUCUGUUCUCAUCCUGAAGCAAAAUUCUUAACCCGAGGUACCUCUGUAUUGAGGCGGAACAACCCAGCCCUCCACCAGCCAGCAUUGUGAUAUCAGACCUGACAUGAGAAACCUCUGUUCUCUAGCAACAAGACCUAGAUUGAUUUACACCCCACUUUAUGUGAGUGGGAUUCCACUCAUGCAAAGGGACUUCCUCUUCUCCCCCUUGAAACCCCUUGUGUCUCACAAAGGGCUGCUCUAGUAACAGUUCCCGAACCCUCACGAGCAGAUUUUGAGGGGCACUGGGGCGGGGGGAAGGACAAAAAAAUGAAUUUCUGCCAAGCAAGUAGAAAUCUGUUCUGCUCAUGCACACAGCUUUGAAUACAACUCAUGGUUACUGUAUAUGACUUGUAUAUUAUUCAAACUAGCUUGUCCUUAUUGAGGAAGGAAGGGGAAUAGGCAGAUUUGGAUGUAGUAGUGCAAGGUGGUAAAACUGGGCAUGAGAAAAGCUAAAUGGUAGUUGGGUCAGCCCUACUGUGCAACAAAGUGAAGCUGGUGGCUUUAGGAAGUGGAGUUUAGGGGAACAGAUGAAGGUACGCUAGUAUUUGGUGUCUCAUGGAGGGAGACUUUUUCAAGUGCUAGCAGGUGAUGGUGCCAUUUGGUGCUCUGUUUCAGAUGCAACAAUGGCUUGAGCCAACAUUGAUAGGUUGUUUCAUCCCUCUUCUAACUCUGCAAAGUGAGACGUUCAGCUACAGGACCCUCUUUGAGGUUAUGGUAAUAGUUGUGGAGGGCUGAGGAGAGCCAUUGAUUGUAUUAGCACAUAAAUGAUAAGCCAUGAACCUUGCAUGCAUCCUAAUUGUUUCCACUUCAUGUGAGUGGGCAAACAAUCUAUAAUAGCUUAAGGUUGUGUCCCAAUCCAGGAUUGUGGUUUGUUUCUUCUAGGCAAGCCAGGAUUCAUAAGCCAGCAGCAAACCUUGGCUGACAGCAAGGCUAACCAUCUUGGUUUGUUAGAGAGAACAAGCCGUGAUUCCAGGAUUUUCCUUUCCAGAUGAUUUACCCACUUGCAUGAAGGGUAUAGUGAAACAGAUUAGGAGUGAUCAGGCUGCAUGCAUCAGUGUGCAGCCCAUGCAAAGCACAGUAUAUUAAGCCAAUGUUCUUGCUUUGGCGUUAUGGGCAAACACUGCCAUACUGAGAGAUUCAGCACUCAAGGCUGGAGCAGCAAAUUCCUGCUUCUUGUAUUUUGGUGAUGAUUUGGACUGACCAAAAAUGAUGGCACCAUUCUAAUCUCAUUUCGACAGCUAGUACUGCUGGACUGAGAAAUAUGACCCUAUCUACUUUUUCAUUCAUUACUAACAUUUUGUUUACAGAGGAAUAAACAAGCGCCAUUAAGCCAUGCUGUAAAGAGCACUGCGAACCUCUUCAGUGAUGAGACAGCCAGGAUAGGUAAGAGAACACAGUUCAUCACUAAAUGCACAAGCUGGGUAAAGAUUUCUGAGAUCAGCAGGACUUCCCUUUUGAAAGGAUAUCAUAGAAUCAUAGAAUCAUAGAAUUGCAGAGUUGGAAGGACCCGAGGGUCAUUUAGUCCAACCCCCUGCAAUGCAGGAAGCUGAACAUGUAGUUCCCCAUCCAAUUUGAAACCAUACCAGAACCUACUUAGCUUUACCAAUGUGCUAGCAGUUUUAUUGCUGCACCACUAGGAGGUGGUCAUUCUUGAAGCAAUGCUGCCUCAGUUCCUUUCCAUUGCUCUGAGAACUCAGCAACUCUCUUAUAGACACGUUUUACAAGUUUUAUUCUUUUUGCAGAUUUUAACUUUAAGUAUGUUAUUCAGGUUUUAAUUUUUUGGUUUUGUAACAAGUACAUAUAAAACCCCCAAAAGUUCAGGAACACAGUGACUGGAAAAUUGAUUUGUGCAUGAGUUCCUACUCCUAACUGCUGAAGUAUUACUUUUCUCAACACAGUCAAAGUUAAACCCCCCCAAAAAAUUUUUUUCUCUUUUCUGUUCUGUUCUUAGAUAGAACCAGAUAUGAUAUUGAAAGGCUGAACUUGUUUUGAAUGUUUUGUAAUGUCGAUCCAUCUUUUUCUUUUAAAAAUCAGUUAAAAACAAAACAGAAAUGUGAUUUUCCUGUGCAUUUGCGUGCUCUAAUUGGACAGCAGGAAAAGGUGAUAGGUAGUGCAGCAAGAGUGAGUCCCUAGUCUGUUCCUACCUUUCCUGUAGCACCCCGCUGUCAUCUAGGAUUCCCCUAUGUCCACUCCAUGCUGUUCCCCAUACUUAGGAUGUGACAGAUGUUUAGGGUGACUAAUUGCCUUCCUACUUGGCUUACUGCUGAUGUUAUAUUUGUAUUGUGUGUGUGUGUGUGUGUGUGUGCUUUGUCUCAGACUUUAUUCUGGUAUGGGAAUCAGAUUACCAGAAUUUGGAAGGACAACGUGAUGUGGCUGAGAAAUCGAAUCAAAGGCAGAAGAGAUCGUUUGAAAUACAUAGUGUGUGGCGAGAGAAUUUUCUGAAGAAACUCCAGAAGAAAGGGAUUAGAAUGGAAAAGGUAACCGGACUCUUCUGUUCUAGUAUUUUGUGGGUUUUGUUUUGGUUAAGUGCUGGGUGUAGCGGGGUGGGGGGUGGAAGAGACUUCUUCUUUUAGCUUUUUCUUGAUUGUUACUGAUGUAUCUGCCCUCCUCUUAUUUAACCCUUUUAAAGUUCCACUGCUCAAAAUUGUACCUGAAGAGUGGAGGGCAAAACAAACUCAACUGUAAGCUCAGCUCCAGUUCCCCUCAUCAACAGAGCCCUACUGGUCAAAACUGUGGCUGUGUUUGAUUACUCACAAGGUUAAAAAUUAAAGCAUAACAAUACGGGUGGGUCAAUCUACAUCCUUUCUGUAAAUAGAAGUCCCAAUACCAACAUUUUGUGUAUUUAUUUUAUGGAAUUAUUUACACCCUGCCUUAUUUGUAGUCCAAAACAUCUGGUGGGCACCAGAUUGGUGAAGACUACACUAAUGCAAUGACAUGGUUUCAGACAUUUUUCUCCUACUGCAUCACUGGUUUAUGAAUGUGUCUCUCAGUACUGUGGAUAUGACUAUACCUUUAUGGCAGCCUUUCUCAACCUGUGGGUCCCCGGAUGUUUUGGGACUACAACUCCCAUCACCCCUAGCUAGCAAGGCCAGAGAUCAGGGAUGAUGGGAGUUGUAGUCCAACAACAUCUGGGGACUCACAGGUUGAGAACCGCUGCUUUAUGGGAUCAAAGCUAGUAAACUCACUUUUGGGAAAGGAAAAGUUGAGAUUAAUUUCAGCAUAGUAUAGCUGUAUGAAAGUAAUGGAAACAGCUGCCCUAUGAUGCAGAGGGCUACAUACAUUUGUCCUCAGCUGUAGAAGAUUGUUUGAGUGCCUCAUUAAAAAAAUACUUGUCUUGCAAAGAAAAUCCAUGUAGCUGACUGACCCUAAUGCUUCCCAUCUCCUUUUUCCUUUCUAGCACAUUGCCCAGAAUGCAAGGAAGCUGGUGCACUUUAUAUUGCUGAGCGCUCCUUGGAGUGUGCUCUGUUAUUAUGCUGAAGACCUCAGGCUGAGGGUUCCCUUGCAGGUGAGAAUGUUAUGGAGCUUAAAUGCCAGUGGGUCAAACUUUGUUCUCUGCUUAGGUUGUAAGUUUCAAGGUGGCAAUGCUUCUGAAAACCAGUUGCUGGAAACCACAGGAGGGGAGAGUGUUCUUGUGCUUGAGUUCCCACAGGCAUCUGGUUGGUCACUGUGCAAACAAUAUGCUGGACUAGCUAAGCCAGGUCCCUGCAGUGCUUGUCAGAAUCCCAGUCCUGUUCCUGGCACGACAGUGUAAGUCCAGCAACUCUUUUAGCCAAUCUCUUGCAGAAGCUGGCUUGACUUGUUUUUUAGGUCUUGCUGAAUCCAUUAAUCAAACCCCACAUUUACUAAUACCAGAAAUUAUGGGGAGAACCUGGCAACCAAUAAUUUUAGGAGAAAGUUUCCACCUGCAAACCCAUAACAAUGCAAACAGCAAAUGGGGCGGUAAGAUUGUUGUUCCUGGACUGUGUCUUAUCAGACUGCAGGUGGAGGCGGGGGGUUGCAUAUUUAAAUGCUACCCCAUUAAAAAGGUUUUCUACAUAACAUUCUAUGUUGGAAACAAGAGUAGGCAAGAAUCUGAUUGUGGAAUCUAGUUUCUAUGUACAGGCUUUUGUUUUUAUUAGGCAAAAGGUUGUGUCAUUUGGUCCUCCACCAAAAACCCAUGGGUCCCCUCUUCCCUGAAACUGGGCUUGAAAGAAGCAUUCUGUUGUAGCCAAUAGAAUAGUGUUACGAAAGCUGGGUGCCUGCCCCUCUCUGCUGAGUGGUGGCAAGAGCCCAAGGGGUCCCAGGCACACAUACAGGGUCUAUGUCCCUUUGGAGGAUAGAAGACACGGCGGAGACUGUUCUGGCUUUAAGAAAUAUGGUUUAAUCACCUAUUUCCACCUUAAGUCUGCACUGAUCUUAUGGUAUGGUCCUUUCCUGAAGCAGCUGUGCAAGCAGUUUUGCCAGCAUCCCCUUCCAGCUUUUCUUCCUCCUCCUUCUUCCCGGAAAUCUCUUGCCCUCCCCCAGAGCAGUUACCCUGGCAAGCUCCCAAAUUCCCAGUCUCUAGUCACAGCUGGGGGGGGGUUCCCUUGUAUUGUUAAUGGCCCUCUACAAACUGUUGCUCAGUCCCUGCUCCUGCCAACCUAGCAGUUCAAAAGCUCGUCAAAGUGCAAGUAGAUAAAUAGGUACCACUCCGGCAGGAAGGUAAAUGGCAUUUCCGUGCACUGCUCUGGUUUCGCCAGAAGCGGCGUUGUCAUGCUGGCCACAUGACCCAGAAAAACUGUCUGCGAACAAAUGUCGGCUCCCUCAGCUAGUAAAGCGAGAUGAGUGCCUCAACCCCAGAGUUGUUCACGACUGGACUUAACUGUCAGGGGUCCUUUACCUUUUACGAAAAGCUUGGCCUAUCGCUCAACAUCCAAAAAACCAAAGUGCUGCACCAACAAGUACAAAACAACCCCUCUGCAGCACCACAAAUCCAACUCAAUGGCAUAACGUUGGAAAAUGUUGAUCACUUCUCCUACCUGAGCAGUUAUCUUUCCACAAGGGCUGAUGUUGAUGCCAAAAUCCAGCAUCGCCUGAGCUCUGUGAGUGUGGCUUUCUCCCAGUUGAAGUGCAGAGUGUUUGAGGACCGGGACAUUCACAGGGAAACCAAAAUGCUUGUUUACAAAACUAUCAUACUACCAACCUUACUGUAUGCUUGUGAAACAUGGACCACUUAUAAACGCCAUCUCCAACUCCUUGAAAGUUUCCAUCAAUGGUGUUUCCGAAAAAUUUUACACAUCACUUGGGAAGACAGGCGAACUAAUACCAGUAUACUGGAAGAAGCAAAGAUCACCAGUGUUGAAGCGAUGAUUCUUCAACAUCAACUUCAUUGGACUGGUCAUGUUGUGUUUAUGCCUGAUUAUCGUCUUCCAAAGCAACUACUCUAUUCCGAACUUAAAAAUGGGAAGUGUAAUGUUGAUGGUCAACAAAACAGUUUAAAGACUGUCUCAAGGCAAAUCUUAAAAAAUGUAUUAUAAACACCAACAAUUGGGAAACACUUGCCUGCUAGUGCUCCAAUUGGAGAACAGCCUUUACCAAAGGUGUCAUGGGGUUUGAAGACACUCGAACUCAGGACGCAAAGGAGAAACGCGCAAAUGCACACCGUGAUCAACUCCUGCCCAGAAACCAAUGUCCCCACUGUGGAAGGAUGUGUGGAUCCAGAAUUGGCCUCCACAGUCACUUACAGACUCAUUGUUUAAACCGUGUUUAAGGAAGACAAUCUUACUCGGCUACAAGUGAUCACCAAAGAAGAAGAGAUUGUUCUUUUGAUAGCCAUAGCUCGCCAGGUUGGUUUGCAUAAACAGCCCAGGAAUUCCCUGUCUGGUACAUAUCCCCAUUAAUCAAAAUCCUAAUACGGUAUUUAUUCAUUCUUAGGAUUUAGUGGGGACCCCCCCUAGAUCCAUAGCAAUAGAUUCUGUGUGUGUGUGUGGUACCCACAAAUGGGCCCAAAAAUGUUGCCAACCCCUGCUUUAACAGAACCUCAGGUUCUUUCACCUUCUGCUUGGUCUUGCCUGUGUUAUUUCUCUUUCCUCCCUGUCUUGUAUGCAGACUGUUAAGAGUGUCCCCCUCCCUGCACUUGCUUAGCAUAUACAGUAGAGUUAUCUGUUGUUUUAUCCCUCAGGUUGUGCCCAAUAUUCAGGCUGUAGCUAACUGGUCUCACAGGUUGCUGGUGAAGCUGGGCAUCCCCAAUAUGCUCUAUGAUGAGGUUCCUAACUUUCCCUUGGAUUACUACACCUGUCAUUUCAAGGCAAAUAAAUUACCCUGGUAAGAAUUUGGAAUUAAUUAUUCUUUGACCCACCCUCUUCCCAAAUUAGAGCAGACAUUCAGCUAUAUAUAAAUGUCACUAUUUUGGUUUUAUUUGCUGUUUUUGAUUUUCCACUAUCUGCUGCUUUCAUGUAGCACCUUCUCGUUGCUUUUAUUGACGUUGGGAGAUGGCUUUUGGAAAGCUCCCUCAAGGGCUCUUCAUGUGGAAAAACGGGGCAAAAUUUUAAGAAAUACAUCUUACUACUGGCUUUAAGGUUGCAAUUCUGUAUCCACAUACCCAGGAGUAAGCCCCAUGAAACUCGGAUGGACUUCUUAGUCGACAUGGUUAAGACUGCAGUUUGUGGAUAGAAAAAAGUCACAAUACCAGUCAUAUUUGGGAGUCAUGUGUACCUUAGUAAACCCAUGUGAACAAGAUACCUCAUGGACGUUAUUAGGCAUGACCCCACUUGCAAGUUUAAAAAUAUCAUGCCUUUAUUGAGGCCUUCCCUUUUCCAAUAAGACAAUAUAGUUACGCAGAAGUUUUGUUUUUCAUGUAUUACAAAUACUUACCUUUUAGGAUACAUCUCCUUCCGAGUCUGCGUACAGUAAACCUUAAACUAAACUUUAAUCUUAAAAACCACAAUGAACAACAUAAAUAUAUUAAGAAGUAAUCAGGAUCCCUCCAACAAGGCAGUUGGUGAUAGAAUGGCCUAGUGGGGUGGGGGAGGGGAGACCAAGUGAAUCGGGCCUUGGUGCCAUCUUUUUCAAUAUCGCAUCCUUCUCUCUCUAAAAUGUUCUGCAUAUUGACGCUUGUUUUAUAUUCUAUUAUACAUCACCUAGAGACUUGUUGCAUGAGGCAGCUGAUAAAUAAGUAACUGGGGUCAACAGUGCCUCACAAACUAUAUGUGAGGAUCUGAGGGCUUAUGUACACUUUCCUUUCCUCUGCUCUUUCCAGGCCAGGUAUCCUCUGAGAUUUAAAGUUCUGUGUCCGAACUCCUUUUUUUCUGCUCUGGAGCUUUCUUUGCAAAAAGCUGAUCUUUAAAGCUCAGUUGGAGCAAACGUCAAUCCACAGAAAACCCAAAUUGACGUUUGCUCCAAUUCAACUAUAAAGAGCGGGUUUUGUGGAGAAAACUUGGGGCAACACAAUGCACCCCCGCACGCUCUGACACGGAGCAUUAAAGCAUGGACCUCUGCCUGGAAAGAGCGUGGCAAAAGCUAAGUGUGAAUAAGCCCUAAUUGUCUCAGAAGUUUUUUUAAACACACACAUUAUAUUUUACCAAUAACUUCUCCUUUUCUCGGGUUGCAUACACAUUGCGUAUACAUUUAAAUCACAUUCAAAGUACAUUUCUCCCCUCAAAUAAUUCUGAGCACUGUAGUUUACCCUUCACAGACUUACAAUUUCCAGUAAGCUUUAACAAACAACCAUUUUCUUGAGGGAGAAAAUAUGCUGUGAAUGCGCUCUAAAGUUUCAGUGUGUAUGCAGCCUUGGUGUUAGAAGUGGUAGGCUCUAGGAUUUCUGAGGCUGCCUCUCUUGACAUUCCUGGUGAUCUGCAUAUGUGUCUAGUCUUUUUUGAUCAGAGAUCUAUAGUCUAGACCAUGCAGUAUUCUUCAUAUUUGUUAAGGAUUAAAAACUAUUACAGUGGUACCUUGCUUUUCGAACAUAAUCCGUUUGAGUUCUGAAACGUUCGAAAACAGAAAACUCAAUAGCCGACAGCUGGGCCUCAGGAUUUUGCACUCAGCAGAAGCCGCGUGGCAUGUUCGACUUCUGAGGCAUGUUCGAAAACCGAAGCAUUUACUCUCGGGUUUACGGCAUUCAAAAACCAAAAUGUUCCUCAAUGGAGACAUUUGAAAAUUGAUGUAUUACUUUAUUUGGGAUUAAAAGCAAUUAUUCUCUCCUGCUUUGAAUUUUCAGUAAGUUUUUGUUGUUGUUAAUAUUAAACAUUUCUCUCCAAGGUUUCUUGGGAGUGAACAUCACGAUACCUUCUUCAACACCACACAGCGACACAGAAUAGUAAGUCCCAAGUCCACAUGGUGAAAUGAAUGCAAGCCUGGUGAAGUAUGCAGUGGGAACUGGAACUUGACUGCAGCUUCAGCACUCUUGAUGGGUUUUGAUAUCCACCCAGUAUGGUUACUGACUGGGCACAGAAUCAAACAAACAAACAUUUCACUUUUUCCCCUCAUCCUGGCCUUUAUUCUCUCUCUCCUUAUUCAGUUUUUAUCUGCUAUUUUCUUCUUUGGUUGUGACUUUUUCUCCCUUCAUCUCUCUGUACAACGCCUGGCCUGUUUUGCCAUUUCAUUGGUCUCAAGAUUCCCUUUCCUACUUCUUAACUGAGCGUAGCAGGUAGAUUUAUCUGUGAUGACAUUAUGUUAAAAAAGGUAAAGAAAGAAAAACCAAGUCCUGUCAUCCAAAUUAAAGUAUAGCCAGACUCCUGAUAAUGAGAGAAGGAAAUGUAAAGUGAGAAGUAGAAUAUGAACAGUUAAUCAGAAUGAUGGUGGAGAGGUACUAUUGCAGAUUUACUUUUUUUUUAAAAUAUGGAUGAUGGCUGCUAACUGUAGAAGUCAAAAUAACCUCUUUGUGCUUCCCUUCAGCUAUAUGAGAUCCUGGCCACCACGUCAUAUGGCAACCCAAAGGCAGGGCAGGUUGGAAUAGAAAGGCUGCUGAACGAGGAGGUCUUCACAGCUGCAUUCCCAUUGCAUGAUGUAAGUUGGCAAGUGUUCUUCCUAUUCCACUUUCAAAUGGGUUAGUUAGCCCAUAGUGACACUGAAAUAGAAAACAGGGAGAUUUGAAAACAUGAGCAGGCUGGCAGUGGCCUCAGGCGAAGGUCUUUCCAUCAUCACCUGCUACCUGACCCUUUCAAAAGUGUGGUGAACCUUUGGACCUCCAGUUGUUGCUGAACUACAAAUCCCGCCAGAUCUGUCUAUUGGCCAUGCUUACUAGGGCUUGGCGCUGUAGGUUAAACCACAGAGCCUAGGAAUUUGCUGAUCAGAAGGUCGGCGGUUCGAAUCCCUGCGACGGGAUGAGCUCCCGUUGCUCGGUCCCUGCUCCUGCCAACCUAGCAGUUCAAAAGCACAUCAAAAAGUGCAAGUAGAUAAAUAGGUACCACUCUGGUGGGAACGUAAACAGCAUUUCCGAGCACUGCUCUGGUUCGCCAGAAGCGGCUUAGUCAUGCUGGCCACAUGACCUGGAAGCUGUAGCCAGCUCCCUCGGCCAAUAAAGCGAGAUGAGCGCCGCAACCCCAGAGUCGGCCACGACUGGACCUAAUGGUCAGGGGUCCCUUUACCUUUACUAGGGCUGAUGGGAGUUAUAGUUCAGCAACAACUGGAGCACCAAAAGUUUCCCCCACCUGCUUUAACUGGAGAUGCCAGGGUGCCUUCUGCAUGGUAAUGACCCUGCCACUGAUUUUGUGGAAAUGUAUGUCUCCAAGGACAUCACAAAACUGUUCACUCUCAAGUAUACAAUCUUCCUGAAACAGCAGAAUACAGGACGUGCUAAUUAUGUAUAUAGGGAACAGGAUCCUAUGUAAAGUCUAGAGUGGGAGUUGUAUACAAUGAGCUCCACUUUAGAGUGCACUUCCUUGCUGCAGACUGCUGUUUAUAUUGGCUAAACAGUUGUGCCUACAUAUUACCAUAGAUGGCAAAGAAUCAAAUGAUCUCUUUUAAAUCUUCAGCUAGGUCUUUUAAGUAGGCAUUUUGCUCCUUUACAAUACUGUAGUAAUUUCACAAACAGAACUUCAUUAAACCCAAGGUGAGGCUUCUUCAGGUAUCUGCAAUGGCACAGGAAAAGUGAAACUAAAGUAAUUAUUUUGGCCCUAGGCAAAUGUUACGGAACAUCACCAAAUGCAAACAAAUAGAUAUACUGGAUUCUUUCCUUGUAGCCUAAAAACACCAGCCUUAUUUGGCUUGCAUUUGCCUUUGAUCUGUCUGCAUUUGGAAUGGAAUAAAGAUUUGCAGGACUUGCUGAGCUUUCAAAAUCUGAGUUCUGACCUACUUUGGGAGCUAAACAGCUAUUUGCUUUAUUUUAAAAAUAAGUAAAUUUGAUGUAUCAGAGUUUGAGAACCCUGGCUUUAAAGCUCAUGAAUUAUUCUGACUGUGCUGUAGAUAGUUGGGGGGGAAAAUUCAGUUCAGUUUGCAUCACAAUGCGAGCUUACCCAGUUUGUUCUUUCCAAAGCAAUACAUGAACCAAAACGCAGCCGUCCUUCAGAAUUUGCAAUUGAUGUGGAAAAAUGGGAAACUGGACUUAAGCUUGGAAAGUUGAAAAACUGAGUGAAACCAAAUUUGACAGAUUCCUUCAUCCCUAGCUGAGUGUAGAGCAUCUGACAGGGUUUUGGCAAGCAGAACCCACCCCUUUCAGUUAUCAUCUAAAUAUCUCCUUGAUUGUUCGGAAGACAAACAAUAUACUUACAGUUUUGGAUUUUGUUCAUGCAAUUCUGUGAAAGAGUGAAUAGGUUUAAUACUGGGCACCCCGUUUUCUCUGUUACAAAUGAGGAAGCGUUGUUUUUUUGUUUUUGUUUUUAAAUACAUAUUAAAAUUGUGACCUAUUCAUGAAGGCUGCAAUUGAUUAUUCUAUUUUAAAAAGAUACAUUACUCAACUCUUAACAGGGAAUUUCUGCAAGUUAAUAUAAAACACAGCACAUUUUAAACAAAUCUGUACUUGAUAUGGGUACUUUCCCUCUUCUGCCAAAAGGGUCCCUACAAGAUUCCCCAGAAGGAGAUUCCCCAUAUUCAGCUAAAUCAGAGGCAGAUUCUUUUCCACUACUGGGCCCAGUGGAGUAAGUGGAAUAAGUACCAGCCAUUGGAUCACAUCCGCAGGUACUUUGGGGAGAAGAUUGCUCUCUACUUUGCCUGGCUUGGUGAGUAAAAGGCCGCUUAUGUCCAUUUCCCUAGCAUCUUGUUCUAGUGCCAAACUGAGCCCAGCGUGGUUAUUCUGAAAUGGAUUUCCCCUCCUAUUUGCUCCAUAGGCCAUAGCUGUCAACGUUUCCCUUUUGUAAAGGGAAAUUCCCUUAUUCCGAAUAGGAUUCCUUGCAAGAAAAGGGAAAAGUUGACAACUAUGUCCAUAGACAUGGGCAUGUCAGUCAGUAUAAACUGUUAGCCUGUUCUCCAACCUGGCAAAAAUGUGCAUUUUAGUAAGCCAGGUAACUGGUAAUGGAGAACUGGGGGCAUUUCAGCAUUACAGACUUUAACUGGUUUUGUAGUCAUUCCCUGGAACUAAAGGAAUUAUGGUUCACUGGAGGAAGAGAUCUGGAAUCUCUGACAACAAUAUAGUUGUCAACUAUUCUAUGGGAAAAGGCAUGACUGGGUAGUAUAAAACCAAUAUAAGUCUGUAGUGUAGAAUAGUGUUUUAAAAACGUGAUUCAUUUUGCUGUAUGCAACUAAGAAAGUUUGCCCAUGGAGGAAAUAGAUCAGUGCUUUUCUUGCAGUCAGAAUGCACCCAUUCACAUCCCUAGUCCUAGCACUUUGCUAUGCUUGGAAAUAUAAGCCUUUUUUGUAAGAUGGGUCCUUUCCACAAAAUGAAUUAAAUUGGUUCUGGCUUUCUGGAAAGCAAGUUGGUGAUGGGCAACAGUUAGACAUAGGUAGUGAAGGCUCCCCUUCUGCAGUUCUAAUAUGCUUUUACCUCUCUUCAUUUAGGUUUCUACACUGGGUGGCUUUUGCCAGCAGCUGUAGUGGGGACACUAGUCUUCAUAAUAGGCAUAUUUAUGAUGCUUGAUGACAUCCCUACGUAAGUUCUAAUUUCUUCUCUUCUUUCUCACUUUUCUGCUUGUAAAACCAUUGACAAGCCAUUUGGCUUUGUAACCCUCGGCUUUUUCACAGAUCUGGAGCAGAAUGUGGCAGAGAUUUCUGCUCAUUAGAAAUAAGUUCCUUGGAGAUAUCAAUAGAAUGUGAAUGGUAGCUUUGCCUAUGCAGCUAGUGUUAAGUAGUACCUAAUGUGGCCAUACCUAUCCUUGCAAGAAUGGGAAAGGCAGCCUUAGGAACAGCAAGAGCCAAAGGCCAGAAAAACAAAGUGUUUUUUGAAGAGAAGCUAUGAGUCAGUAAUUUUAAUGUGGUGGGUUAAUUGCUUUUUUCCUACCCUUUUAUUUUUGCUCCCAUCUGCACAACAGGAAGGAGAUCUGUACCAGUGAGGGGAAAUACAACAUGUGCCCACUCUGCAAAGUCUGCCCCUAUUGGAACCUCUCCACCAUUUGCCCAAUGUUUCAGGUACAGUUUGUGGCUCUGGGACAGCACUGAUGCAAGCAUAACGGUGAAGCAUUUGUCAACACUUCAUUAAAGUCAUGUGUUAGAUUAGGAGUACGUUGUGUGUUCUCAGAUAAAGGGUUACACAGAAAAGUACAUUGGAUUUACUGUGAUAUGCUGAUCUUCUACACUUCCAUGUGGUUCAGAUAGCCUCCUCCACGCUUACUUUGCCUUGAGCCUAUGUACUUACCCACAGGCUCAAGGCAAGACAUCAGCUAUGUGCUAUCAGCUUCCACGUAAAAAAUAAUUUGAUCCAGCCUCUGUUCAUGUAGCAUUUGUUCACCAGCAUUAAACUGAUACUCAAUCUUUCACAUUGCGUAACACAACUUUUUGAACUCAGGGCUUGCUUUUAGUGCAUAAUGCAACUAGCUCCGCCUUUAUCUUUUGGGGCCAAACUACAUGCAACGUCAGCAGGCCCAUGUCUUAAAAUGUAGGUUUGCCUUUAAAUGCAUGUAAAGUGGGUGACUGAGGUUUAAAGGGACUUGUGGGCAGGGAAGGUUUAGCAGGAACCGUGUUUGUCCCCCUUUGCUUCUUUAAACCACACCCCUGCUCCUCACUUUGUGAUUUGGGUAGAACUGCAUUUUAAAAACUGGGCUAUCUGUAGUUUGCCCUUGAUACAAAUUCAACUCUGUCCCAGUCUAAGAGUGUCUUGGCACAUGCUUAAGUGCAGCUCCUUCCCUUUCCCCCCUAUUCUUUUCAGGCUGGUCGCCUCUUUGAUCAUGGUGGGACUGUCUUCUUCAGUAUCUUCAUGUCUUUAUGGGCAGUCACAUUUCUUGAAUACUGGAAGCGGCUGAAUGCUACCUUGACAUACCGCUGGGACUGUUCAGACUUCGAAGAUAUCGAGGUACUAGCCUUGGGGGGGGGGCCUCUAAUACCACAAAAGCCCAACGGUGACACAGAGCCCACUUCAGGUUUCCUUUGUUGUAGGAACGUCCACGGCCCCAAUUCACUGCUAUGGCACCCAUGACAACCACAAAUCCAAUCACUGGAGCGGAGGAGCCCUAUUUCCCCACACGGAGCCGUUUCAAAAGAAUCAUGGCUGGAUCAAUGGUCAUCAUCAUGAUGGUGAGGGAGCUGCUGUUUGAGGGUGGAGGCGUCAAAUAGGAUGCAAUCCUCUUGAGUAGGGAUAGGGGAGCAAGUUGAUACAGUUCACAUUUAGUGGUGAAUCUAAUCUGCACUUUCAAAAACAGCAUGAGAACUGAAACACAGGCAUCAUUUGAAAUUCGUACUUAUCUGAAUUUUGCAACGCAGCUCUCCACCCAAUGUUUACAAAAAUGCAUACACUAGGUAAAAGAUGUGUUGAAUAUAUUAGUGAACAUAACAUAAAAAUGCAUUAUAUUAAGUCUGCUUAAGUCCAAGUCUGCUGUGGCUGUGGGAGAAGCCAGAGCCUCAUGGGUGUUAAUGCAGUGAACCCCACUAUCAUAGGCUCAGGUUGUAUAUAUGUGUAAAUAAACCAUAUAUCAUAAAGACAUUACAGUCUCUACUGUGCCUCAUUUCUAAAAGGAAACACAUACCCUGGGUAAGUGCACCUGGUACCCCUUGAAUCUCACACCACUCAGGGAGAUUGAGAUGGCAUGUAACAAUAUGUUAUUUCUGCCCUUACUUCCUCUCUCUUGGUUACCAUUACUACUUCUUGCUUUUUGUUUGGAUCAAAAGCCACUCAGAAGGGAGGAAAUCACGGUUUCUAUGUCUGUUGUGGCUUCUAUGGUCAUUAUUGAUGACUGACUCCUCACUGACACUCUUCUGCCUCACUAAGGGCAGUUCCACACAACACAUUUAAAGCAUAUCCAAUGCACAUUUAAAGCAGACGAUUCCCACCAAAGAAUCCUGGGAAUUCACUGAGUGACUUUAGGCGAGUUGCUAUGUCUUGCGACCUAACCUACUUCACAAGGUGGUUGUGAUAAAAAGUUGAUUCUAUGGAGGAAAGACAUGAUGUAAAUGUAAACAGAUAAAAAGAAAUAAAAAUCAGAUAAAACCACAUGCCAUCUUGAGCUUGUUGGAGGCAGGAAGGAUGGAUAUAAAUGUAAGUAAAUAAGUAAAAAAAAGUCCUCCCCAAGUCAGAUCCAUUUACAAUAAUAAGACAGCAAACUCAUAUUAUUAGUACUCAUUCAGCCUGGUUCUGUCUUCAGAUUGCUGUGGUGGUGAUGUUCCUGAUUUCGAUAAUCCUUUACCGGGCCAUCAUUGCCGUAGUUGUAGCCAAGUCUGGGAAAUACCUUCUUGUAGCUUCGGUAAGACACUUCCAUGACUCUCUACCACUCUAGCUUAGGUGUGCUAUUUGCAUUUGGACUUCACAUUCUCUCCUGUUUCCCCCUCUUAGGCUUCUCGUAUUGCUAGCCUCACUGGCUCAGUGGUGAACCUCCUCUUCAUCCUCAUCCUAUCAAAAAUUUACACUUCACUGGCACUUUUUCUUACCAAGUGGGGUAAGUAGGCUGUAUCUGGAAACACCGAAGCAGUUUCUCAACCUGAAAGUGCAGCUUCUUGAACCAAAACAUUAAACUGGGGCUUGAAUUUGUGGGAGAGGGACAGGGGCAGGUAAAUAGAAGAUCUUUAUUGAAAUCCACAAGCCUUACUUCCUAACUCACCCUAAUAUUAACUAAAUUGUGCCUUGCCAUAAUCUUCUAAAAGCACCAGCUAAAGUGGGUGGCACUAAACGUUUUUAUGGUGGUGCAUAGAAUCUGGAAUCCCCAAAAGAGGAUUUUUUUACUAUCUUCUUAGUGCUUGGUUUAGAUCUUUGCUGUGAAUUUUGGAUGACAUUUUGGAAUAUUGUCUUGCUCUGACCUUUAUAGUUGUUUAAAAGUCUGCCUCUUAUUUUUUCCUGCACAUUUUUCCUGUUUAAAUUUUGGGAUCUUGAUUGCAUGAGCAUCUCCCUCACUAGUAGGCAACCCUCUACAGACAUCUGCACUCAGUUCACAGGCAUCCAGAGAAGGGUUUGAGUGGGUCUGGGGGCACAGCCCCACUCUCCUUCUGUACAGUACCACUACAUGUAAAAUAAAGGCGUGAAUAUGGCUUAAAUCAGAAAUUACAAGAGUUGUUUUUCGUCCAUCUCAGCCACAGUAUUUAAUUAAACUAGAAGGUACUUGCAACCCACAAUGUGCAUUAGAAUUCUGUGACACUGAGAUGGUUGGGGGUGGAGUUUGAGUCACCUUUGUUCACUUAAAGAACUAAGGAUGCUCCUGUUGUGAUUUACCACUGAGAGGGCUUGGAAGUUCCCACCAUUCUCGUGGUACUCUAUUAUGUUUUUUCUUCCAUAGAGAUGCAUCGUACACAGACCAUGUUUGAAGAUGCGUUCACCUUCAAGGUGUUUGUCUUUGAGUUCAUCAAUUUCUACUCCUCUCCCAUCUACAUUGCGUUCUUUAAGGGCAGGUAAGCUGUUUUGGAGAUGGGCAGCUUCUCUAAAGUGGAUGCCAUUUUCCUUUGUGGCCUAGGCAUACUUGAAAGACUCAUCUGCACCACUGAAAUAUGCCCCUACUACACGCUCAAAUUUGUAUAAUACUGUAUCCUCCUUCCCCAUAAUUCUGUUUCCAUAACAUGAUAUCCCAUCUGCAUUCAAUUUAGAGAACAGGACUGCUUUCAUUAGUGUGGGAAGAAUACAGACAUACUAUUGCCUAAUACUAUUGUAGGUGAUUUAACCAUGGCCAAACUAUGAGGAGAGCCCUAUCUCUUGGCUGUGUUGUGAGAACAGGAUGCUGGACUAAAUGGGCUAUUGGCCUCACCCAUCAGGCUCUUCUUAAGUUCUGCCCCCCCCCCAACAAUAAAAAGCUCUGCAAUGUUUUUCAACACUGGGUCUCCAGGUGUGUUUAGAAAAAUCAUUAAACUGCCUAACCAAAUCUAUAUAUAUAUAUUUUUCUAUGGUGUAGAUGUUGGGCUGAAACUCCCAUCAUCCCCAGUCAGCUUAGUCAAUGGCCAGGCAUGUUGGGAGUUGUAGUCCAGACAUAUCUGGGGACCCAAGGUUGAAGAGCAGUAGUCUAGGCCACACAGAAAGAGAGUGGAACUCAAGAAGGUGAGGACUUCUAGCCGUUCUGUUGAAGUUGUGGUCUUGCUCCACCACUCUUACCCUCAUCCAAGUUAAAUUCAGUAGCAAAGUGAUGCUUCUUCUGAUCCAGCCAAGUCUCAGAUGUAGCAAAACUCAAAAUUCAGCAGGAAUUCUAGCUGCAAGUAGUUGCUAUUGAUAGCCAUUGAGGAAAAAGUGAGGCCCUGUUGCCAUCUACUGCCCAGAAGUAGUUAUAAUUUAUAAUGCGAAUCCUCAGCGGUGAGUCUUAAAAAGUCAGACUGGUUGUAGGUGAACACAAGACUGAAUGUGCCAGCUAUGUUAGUUUGUGAUGUUUGCAAUGACCUGGGGAUCCUGAAUCCAGGCAUAGCUGGAAGGUUAUGGUGGAAAGACUGAUUUCUUCGGGUCAAACUAAAUAUUAUGCAUAAAUAGUAAAACUCUACAGACCUUAAAAGAAGAAAAAGAAGCUAUUAGGAGGUAGUGGUUUGAAGUAGAGAAGUCCUGGAGGAGAUCUUGACCUGUAAGUAAAUGUUGCAUAUAAAUGUGUGUAAUAAAAUCAAUUGGACCAUCUUUAGGACACAUCUAAAAACCUGGCUACCUGUGAGGGGGUGAACAGGCAGGGGAAAGGUUAAGCACCUCUCAAGGCUUCUCUGCUUCAAAUUGUCCCUGGCCAAACUGACAUUUUCUAAAAAAGAAAAGGGGGGAAAAAAGAAAACAGAUGAGGCCCUUCUGGUUGUUCUGCAACCUGCAGAGAUCUUUUUGUGCAUUUUCAGUAGGGAGGCUUUCUUAUUGAAUUAAGGCAGGCACCAGCACUGAUGGCAUUUUGGUGUCUGCUAAAAAUCAUUUGUUCUUUUAAGCCUUUGUUGGACAUUGAUAUUUCGACCCAAUGUUUGCUGCCAUGUUAUUUAUUCUGUAAAUAAGUUUUAAUGUUGUUUUGCACACCACCUUGUGAUUGUUGUAUGAAAGACAGUUUAGAAAUCAUUAAAAUAAAAAUCAGCAAGGGACCGUUGCGGAUUCUUAUGUACAUGCUUGGAGAGAGAGCGGGGAAUUCCUGCCCCCCUUUCCCUGUAAUGUGCUUGGACCGCCUGAAGUUAGUGCUUUUCAGGAUUAUUGCUGUACAGUGGAACCUCGUGUUAUGUACCGUCCUCCUUGCAAACGCUGCGGGUUACGAGCUCUGCUAACCCGGAAGUAGAUGUUCCUGGUUGCAAACUUUGCCCUGGGAUGCGAGUGGAAGUCAUGUGCCAGCAGCGUGGCAGCAGCAGGAGGCGCCAUUAGCGAAAGCGCGCCUUGGUUUAUGAACAGUUUCGGCUUAAGAGCGGCCCUCCGGAAUGAAUUAAGUUUGUAACCGGAGGUACCACUGUACUCCUCUUUUCUAUGAGUCUGAGGGUUGUGUUGGCUGAGCCAUUUGAGGCAGCAAAUUGUAUGAAGGCACCUUGCUAUUGGUUACAGUAGAUGGCAUUCUGGUCACUGCCAGCUUUUUUCCUGUGGCUUCUCUUUAUGCACAGAGUAGGAUGUCUAUGCCUCGUGUAAAGAAAGACCUUGCAGCUGACUGUCUUGGCCUUUUAUUUUUAUACUUUCUUCACCUUCAGGUUUGUAGGCUAUCCAGGACGCUAUUCCACAUUGCUGGGUAUCCGCAAUGAAGAUGUAAGUAUCUAAAAAGAGAGCAGUGCAGGACACGGACUCUAGAAAUAACAGCUGAUUAGGGGUUGUUCUAGAGUGGCUGGCACCAUUAGCAGCCCGUAAGGUACGUUUAAGACUGGAGUUAAACUCUGUAUAAUAAAUGCAGCAAUAAAAUAAAGAAGGCACCCUCUUUGCCAAGGAAACAGGGUCAGCCAUUCCAAAGGCAGAGGCCAGAUAAAGAGGGCAUCAGGCUCAAUGCUGGGAGUGGAUGUUUCUCUAAAAACCAAAAUAAUCCCUCUUCUAGCUCCAUCUAUCCAAUGUCAAGUGCUUUUAGCCAGAUUAUUAUUAUUAUUUAUUGAAUUAUUUAUUUAUUGAAUUUAUAUCCCACCCUUUAUCCUUAAAGAGCACAGGGCAGCAAACAGAUAUACCAUUUAAAAACAAAACAAAGCAGAAACAGAUUUAGACGUUCUGAAAGCAAUUACAUUUAAGGACAUACAAUUAAAAAGACUCAUUCAUUCUUUCCUUCCCCGAUGUUUUAAUGUGGUGGAAAUCUUUUAAGUAGGCAUGAUGUGCUCUGAGACCCCAGUGUUUGGUGUAGAGAUUCCCAGGGGAGUAGAGAAUUGAGGUUUCCUUUUCACCAGCAGCAAAUGAAGUAGCUAACCUGUCUCUAGACUGUUUCUCUACAGAUGAGGGAUCACAUGACUAAAUGCUUCUCCAUAUAAUUGUUUCUCUGCUGCAUCAUCCUUCUAAAGCCUCUCUCUGUUUUCUCCAGUGUGGUCCAGGUGGCUGCCUCAUUGAACUUGCCCAAGAGCUGCUUGUCAUCAUGGUGGGAAAGCAAAUAAUUAAUAAUGUGCAGGAGCUCCUCAUCCCGUGAGUCUUUGUGAUCUUGUGCUUUGCUGCAAUGGACUAUCCAGACGUGGCCAGACCUGUAGAGAAUCAACAAGAUGAACAGACAUAUCAUUCCCCAAAAUAUAUAGAUUUUCACUAAUGUAUUAAUUUUUGUGCACAUUUCCCCCUAACAUAAUAUACAUUUUUGUAAAGGUUUGGUUGGAGAACUGCAUCAUAAAAUCUGGAUAAGUGCAAAUUUUGAAGGAAGGCUAUAUUUCCGUUCUCAUAUUGUUUCAGGAAGUGCUAAUUUGAUAUGCUGCUUUAAAUGCAAACUGAAUAAUUUUUUCUCCUCCAUCCCUACCUCAAGAUGUUGUGGCACUACACCUCUGUCAGCCCUAGCCAACAUGGUCCAGUGGUCAGGGAGGACAGUAGUUGUAGUCAAACAGCUUCUGAAAGAUGCAACAUUAGUUACUCCUACCCUAUAGAUUCAAUUCUGGGGCUAGAUCAAAACUCUGUCUAGGCCUAGAUGCAGACAUGUAGCCACUAAUUGAUCGUCUCUUGUUGAACAAUAAGAGGGCAAAACCUGAACAUGUUAACUGUGUCUUCUUGCGCUCCACAGGAAGUUGAAAUCAUGGUGGCAGAAGCGGAAGUCUCACUCUAAAAGGAAUGAGGGCCAGGAAAGCUCCACGAAGCAGCUCUGGGAGAGUGAUUACGAACUGCUGCCCUAUGAAGGGCUCUUUAACGAAUACCUGGAAAUGGGUACGAAUCAUUUGGGAAGGAAGGAGAUGAGCAACUGAGGACAGUUCCCUGACAGUUGAGGGCUUAGUCUGUGUAAGUGCGUGAGGCACACUGAGUCCUGUAUCUCGCUUUGACUAUACUAUGUUCUCAGGUCAACCGUUCUGGUUCAAGAGCACUUGUGCUUGUUCCACUCACCCACCAGUUCAUAGAAUCAUAGAAUCAUAGAAUCAUAGAGUUGGAAGAGACCACAAGGGCCAUCGAGUCCAACCCCCUGCCAAGCAGGAAACACCAUCAGAGCACUCCUGACAUAUGGUUGUCAAGCCUCUGCUUAAAGACCUCCAAAGAAGGAGACUCCACCACACUCCUUGGCAGCAAAUUCCACUGUCGAACAGCUCUUACUGUCAGGAAGUUCUUCCUAAUGUUUAGGUGGAAUCUUCUUUCUAGAGGAGUGACAAUUAGAAUACAUGGGGUCAAAAGCUUUACUCGGGUCAAAAGAGUGUGUGCAUAACCUCCUAAGAAAAGGAACAACUUAGCAAAUGCUAUCCAAAGUUCCUGUGGACAGAAUUCUUGUAUGGGCUCACCUACAUUAUCUCCUGCGUGGGAUUUCUUUGUGCUUGCCUUCCCUUAUAAUGUCUUCUUUCUUUCCUCUUCAGUCCUGCAGUUUGGCUUCAUUACCAUCUUUGUGGCCGCCUGCCCCUUGGCACCUCUCUUUGCCUUGCUCAACAACUGGGUGGAAAUUCGCUUGGAUGCUCACAAAUUUGUUUGUGAAUACAGGCGGCCGGUUGCUGAGCGGGCCCAAGGCAUGGGCAUCUGGUUCCCUAUCCUGGAAGUCAUCACACACCUGGCAGUCGUUAGCAAUGUGAGUAGCGCUGGGUCAAGGUUCUCUGCGUGCAGCAAUACUGAGCUGACUUAACGGUCUGACUUAAUAGAAGGCAGCUUCCUGGGUUGCUAUGACUUUGCAGAAACUUGAUACACACGUUGUGUAAAGAAGUUGGAGUAAGACAGAAAAGUGGGUGGAUGUGUUCCAUUUAACACCUGGAAACGAAAUGGUUCUUUAGACAGAGACUAUUAUUGUGCCUAUCUUGUUCCAGGCCUUUCUGAUUGCCUUCACCUCUGACUUCCUCCCUCGGCUAUAUUACCAGUACACUCAUGCCAGCGAUCUACAAGGCUACAUUGACUUCACCCUGGCCUAUGCCCCAAAAUCUUUUGUCCUGGAGCACAAUGUCACAUGCAGGUAGGAUCUCCCACUUUUCUGUCUCAGCUGUCUUCCUCAUGGGGGACACUGGACAGGUCCAUUGCUUCAAAAAUUAAAGAGGGCAGGUUCUUGAAAAAUAGCUUGCCUAUUUUGGGACAAAGUGUUUUCUCAGAAAAUCAGAUAGUGCAGGAUUUUUUAAAAAAUUGGAGGGGAGAAUCAUGGACCACGGCACAUGGAAUAACAUAGCACAUACUGUCAUAAACAUCUGGUAUGGCAACCAUCCCUUGUGGGAAAACUGGUAUAAUAUUCACCAAGAAACCAAAUACAGUGAGAUGUGUAGCAUGUUUACUCAGAAGUACGUCUCUAUAUGUUCUGUGGGAAACAUAGGAAGUUACUUUAUAUCAGGGGUCACCAACCCUUUUGAACUAGUGGGCAUAUUUCAAAUUUUGACAAAAUGGUGGGGCCAUCAGUUUCAAAAUGGCUGCCAUGGGGGGGGAGCAUAACACAAAAUGGCUACCAUGGUGAGUAUGGUAUAGGAUGCAGAGGCAAGUACCCCAGUACAGUGGUACCUCGGGUUAAGAACUUAAUUCGUUCUGGAGGUCCGUUCUUAACCUGAAACUGUUCUCAACCUGAGACACCACUUUAGCUAAUGGGGCCUCCCACUGACACUGCGCCGCCGGAGCACGAUUUCUGUUCUCAUCCUGAAGCAAAGUUCUUAACCCAAGGUACUAUUUCUGGGUUAGCGGAGCCUGUAACCUGAAGCGUCUGUAACCCGAGGUACCACUGUACAAGGAAAAACAUACAAGGUAGCCACACCACUCUACAGAAAUUGCUUAGAGGGUACCCACACAUUUUGUCUUAUAACUUUCUUUCUAGGAGGACUAGGUGCUGUGUUGGUGACCCCUGCCUUAUGCAGAGUCCGACCAUUGGCUUCAAUAUUGUUCACAGUGACUUGGCAGCAGUAGUCCAGGGUUUCAGGGGACAUUCCCAGUCCUACUUAGAGAUGCCAGAGACUGAACCCAGGAUGUUCUGCAUGCAGUGCAUAUGCUCUGCUUCUGAGCUAUGUUCCUUCCCACCAGGCUUGUUCCCAGAAAAGCAUGCAUAGGAAUUGCAGCCCUGAAAAUAAGCAUCUUUUGGCUCCCCCCACCCUUGCUAUAACCAAGUGGACAGAUGACUUAAUAUUAAUCUUUAGAAUGACAACCAGGAUCUGAAUGCAGAAAAUCUACUCAGGUCUCUGUUAGUUUAACUAAAGGGAAUUUAGUGGUGGCUUACAGGAAGGCAUGGAGAGAAGCAAGACAUUUAGUUUGUUUCCUGCAAAUGUAUGGUUGCUAUGCUGACUACUUCAGGGCUACUCAGCAUACCUCUUUAACUUACAGCUCUAUCUCCUCAGGUACAGAGCAUAUCGAGAACAAAGUGGCAGGUAUUCACUAGCUUAUUGGAAUCUACUGGCAAUCCGCCUUGGCUUCAUAAUUGUAUUUGAGGUUUGUUUCCCUCCAAGUGUCCCCAAAAUGCUGCUCUACAAACAAGAGGUCCCAUUCACAUCUACCCACCUAUUACAGCACUUACCAUAUUUGGGCAGUCCUGUUUGGAUUACAUCACAUGGUGGUGGAAGGAAAGGGGUUGGGGGAGAUGAAAUGGUUACUGGAAUAUGCCCCUGCCCCAAAACAUAACUUUUUGCACCGGCUCACUUGUUGUUUGCAAUCCUAAUGUCAUUAUUUGUUUAUAAAGACGCAGUGUCCUACAGUAAGGUAAAGGUAAAGGGACCCCUGAGCAUUAGGUCCAGUCACAGACUCUGGGGUUGUGGCACUCAUCUCGCUUUACUGGCUGAGGGAGCCGGCGUACAGUUUCCGGGUCAUGUGGCCAGCAUGACUAAGCCGCCUCUGGUGAACCAGAGCAGCACACGGAAACGCCAUUUACCUUCCUGCCGGAGCAGUACCUAUUUAUCUACUUGCACUUUGACGUGCUUUCAAACUGCUAGGUUGGCAGGAGCAGGGACUGAGCAACGGGAGCUCACCCCGUUGCAGGGAUUCGAACCGCCGACCUUCUGAUCGGCAAGUCCUAGGCUCUGUGGUUUAACCCACAGCACCACCCGUGUCCCUAGUGUCCUACAGUACAAGAUGUCAUAUGUUGACUGGAGCCUCGGAGACAAGGUUCAAAUCCCACUCAGCCAUGAAACUCACUGGGUGAUCUUGGGUCAGCCCCUGUCUCUUCACCUAACCUCUCUCUUACGAUUGUUAUGAAUAUAAAAUGGGGAGGGAAUAGAGUCAUGUACUACACCUCGAGUUCCUUGGAGGAAAGGUAGGAUAUAAAUGUAAUAAAUAAAUAAUCCUCUCAUUCUGAAUUCAUUUCAGACAUUGGCACGUAGGCAACUCUGUUGUUAGUGUGUAGGACCUUAAAAAAAAAAAAGGAGCCAACUGUGGUUGCAAAGAAGCUAUUUAGCUGCCUUAAGUCCUAGUCUGGGGGAAAAAGGCAGGUGAUGAUGAUGAUUUCAGGAACCGGUGCUGAGAUGGCUUUGAUGGAGCUGCCGUUUCUGCAGAAUUUAGCAGCUACUGCAGAUCUGGUCCAGGCAAUAUGUUAAAUUGCUCCAACUGGAUGAGGUCAUUGCUACAUCCUGGUCAAGAGUCUACUGACAGUGCCACCAGGAUGUGCCUUGUUCUGUAAAUAAUCUACAAAUGCACCUUCUUGGUGCUUGUGGAAGUCCUCUAUCCCAGCUUAUUCAAAGGGAAAUGGAAUUUGUAUAGUAGAGCAAUCUGUAUCCCAUGGAUAGCUUGCUCUGUGCUGAUCUGUACGUAGUACAACACUAACUACUUUUCUAUUGAGUUUCGAUGUAAUAAAGGUGUCACAUUUUAAGACCACUGUAGUAAAGCUACAUGUGCACUAGUCCUGCUUUCUGGGACACAGGAGAUCCCUUAUCAUCUUUGAUAAAGCACCCCUUAAUUGGUGAGAUAGGCUCCAGUCAUAUUUUCGCUGCAAUUCCAUAUAACUGGUGUUUAAAAUAUCUUUCAGUAAAAAACCGGAGUCAUUCCUUUUAGGUUUAAUUACAAAUGAUAUUCCUGAAAAUCAAAGGAAAGUAUUCCUUUAUGCAACAACAGCUGCCAGGAUGCUUAUAGCAAAAAACUGGAAAGGGAGAAAAAUUCCAUCAGUGAAAGAUUGGCAAAUUAAAUUUUGUGAAUACAUAAAUCUGGCAAGACUCACAGCAUACAUAAGGGGACAAUCGGACCAGAAAUUAUUAAAAGAAUGGGGUUGUGCUAAAGAGUAUAUGAAAAAACAUUGUUCUGGAGUAAGUAUAUUGGUAUGUAAUGAAUGAUGCUUUACAGGGUUAAAGAAAAAGAAAAAUGGUGUUUAAAAAAAAAAGUACAAAGGUGGAAGUAAUCUAAUUAGAUACAACAAUAUAGUAAGAGUAAAUUUUUUGAGGUCUUAGAACAAAGGAAGGAAGUCAAUACGUGUUUAUGUACGUAAUGAUAUGGUUUUUUUCUGUAGAUGUGUGCAUUUUCGUUUAUGUUUAGUUUAGUUUUGUUUCCUUUGGUUUUUUUUUUGUAUGUUCCUUUUUUUUGUAUAGUAUUAUUUUGGAUUCAAUGUUUGUAAUUUUUGUUAUGAUUCUGCAUUGAAAAUAAAAAAAAUUAAAAAAAAAUAACUGGCAGGGUGGAGGGAGGAGAGAACACAUACACUGGAGUCAGACAUGCAGCAGGAUUCCCCAUCCAUCUAGUUCUGAACAGCUGGGCCAGAUUGCUGCUGCAUGGUCCUGACUUGCUUGCUCCCACUCUGGCAAAUUGGGCCACUGACUAUCUGCAGCUUUCUUGCCUCCUUUUCCCAGCACGUGGUCUUCUUCAUUGCACGUCUGAUUGAUAUGAUGGUGCCCGACAUCCCAGAAGUGGUGGAGAUCAAAGUGAAGCGAGAGCAGUAUCUAGCUAAAGAAGCUCUGGCUGAGAACAAGGUAAUUGUUUAUUUUUAAAUAUUAUUUUGAAUCGGUACUUGGAUUUUCUCUUCCAAAGACCAUCUAAAGUGCUUAAUGCCAUAAACCUUAACCAAAACUGAGUCACACUGUUCCUGUGGUGAAUCCCCUUCUUUGUCUCCUGGAAGAGGUUUCCUUUUACAGGACUAGGUAAAGCAGCAAGGUUCACUUGCUGUCAGAAAUAUAGGAUGUCAAUUUCCCUCCCUUUCUCAGUAAGGAGCCUUGCAGCUUAUGAGGGUAAAUAUAACCUUUGUUUCCUGUCUGGCACAUGAGUAUAUGUCCAUUGGUCUUUGUCAGGGAAUCUUAAGUCUCUGUGCCCACACUUUGAACCAUGAUGGGGGAACAAAAGUGCUCAAACACACAAGAGUAGCCCCUCUACCCUACCAACAUUCCUCCCCAAAUAACCUACUUUUACCUUGAUACUGUAUUAUAGAGUUGUAUCUGGUGAACUUGUCCUUCUGCUUGCACAACAGAAUUGCCCUACUCCAUUCCUUGCAUGUUUGGGGGUUCCCCCAACCCUCCAAAGCAGAUUUUUUGGCGGGGCAAGUAAGUUCUGUUGCACAAGCAGAAGUCCUUGCACUAAUUGGACAAGUUCAUUAGAUACAAACCCACAGUAACAGUGUUUCCCAAACUUAGGUUUCCAGCUGUUUUUGAACUACAAUUUCCAUCAUCCCUGGCCACUGGUCCUGCUAGCUAGGGAUGGUGGGGGUUAUAGUCCAACAACAGCUGGGGACCCAAGUUUGGAAGACCGUGUUAAAACAAUAGCAUAGUAAUUUUCUUGUAUUAGAUAACUAGUGACACCGGUCUAUCUGUUGUGGGGGGGUGUACCUUAUUUUUGGAAGCUGGUAUCAAGAACUGGCAAUUUCAGCUGCUGAUUGCGUUAUGUUCCAGCCCGUAUGUCAACACCAAUCUUUCUGACACAUACCUUUUAGGGGAAGGUCUUAUAUUUUUCCUAGUAUGUGUCAUUUGACAAAGCAAAGUAAGAUUCUGGAGGUUGGCUCACCCUUUGAUCACACAUACGUCUCCUCUGCUAUCAUUCAAAGCGUAUUGUGCCAACAAUCUAUGGACAACUCCAUAGAAUUUUUCUAAUAACAAGCCAAGUUUCAACUCUCUUGGUCUCAGGUGUGUUGACUUCAAGGUAUUAGGAAUUUUGGGCUUACUUUUUUGAAGCAACUUUACUGCUGGCGUGUUACGGUUGAGUGAGCUCUUUGCUUAAACUGCAUGCUCCAAUUACUUUACCGUAUCUCAAGGGUGGCAAUAUUGAGGUUUGGGUGAUAAGCAAAUUGAAAUGUAAGCUGUGUAGAACUGACACAGCUAUGUAUCUUUAGGUGGUAUAGCAGCUGUCAGUGCAGUGGCAUCGCUUACCUGGCUUGCCAUCACAGAAGUCACUGUAGGGCCAGUCUGUCAUUCCACCUGCAAUGUGUUGACCUCACCAUCAUUGUCUUGCCUGUUAGUUAUCACCAGCGACCUCCACGUUGGGAAGACAGGUAAACAAUGCUUCUCUACCCUGUUGACUGUUGAUUUCUCUUGUGACAGGCCCUCACCGAAGUGAUAGAUGCGAGAAAUCCAACCCCUCUGGCAGAGAAAGCACCAUAG